AUGCAAUUAUGUUCAACAUCAAGUGGAACCCGGCAUGAAAUGAAUGCCAUAUCUUUGAUUCGUAAAGAAAAUGCUGCUGAAAAGAGCCAUCAAAACGUCAGGAAAAUCCACUUACAUAUACCAACAACAACUUCUAUAAGUGCUGUUGCUCACAUGACAAUUAUCCUUGCUAUUCCCAUAUCUCAAACAAGUGCAAUUCCAUAA